AUGCAUUCUUUUAGAUUUUUCACCCUUGUGGUGACCACGCUCCUUACAAUACCUUCGUUAUGUCAGGCCCUCGAGCUUCAGGAGAUCCGCCCCCGGGGUUCCCGUGUCAGGGGAUCAAACCGCAUUGACAAGCGAGAUAUGUCAGUGUUAGAAUUGAAGAGCACCGAGACCUUUCUCUGGGGAGCACAAGACGGCUCUGAUGCCACGCUUGGCAACUUGACGGUUUUCAUGCCCGGCGACAAUGAAAACAUCUUAUCCAUGGAGAAGUUCGAUGGAAUGCUCACAUCCGCCGAAUGCAACGCGCAAGGCAUGACGCUGGGAUUCGAGGAUGACUCGUCCUUUGCAUAUGCACAGAGAGUGUGGGACUGGGUCAACGGCGCGGAAAAUCACACGUUUCUCAUGGUCGCCGGCAAAGGUGACUGCGGGAACAACACUUAUAGGAUCCCGUACCUCGUCCAUUCAAUCGAGUACGACGAGGAGCGCAAUAUUGCUCGACUAAACGCAACGCAGGGGGAGUGGAAGGAUCUUGCGCAUUCGUACGAGCUUCGUGUUGGAAGCGUUCCAAUGUCAAGCGAUCUCGGUCUGACAAGGAGAGACUGGACUCAGGACGCCUCUAUGGACAUGUCUGCUGAUCUUCAGUUCAAAUCGAAGUUGAAGACUGGGCCUGUCUCUGGAGAUCUCGUCUGCUAUUCAUGUUACACAGCAGGCAAGAUGAAGUUCGAGUUUGUGAUCAAAACCAAGUUCCAGAUACCGGUAGGCCUGAAGUUUCGACUAAAUCCUCAAGGCGUCAAGGCUUCAGCAGCCCUCAGCUUGAAUGUGGCAAGUGAUUUCAACUCAAAAGCGGAGGCGUUCAAAGAAUCUAUCGGCAAGAUACCCCUAGCUGGCAUCUCUAUCCCCGGUGGUAUCUUAACAGUUGGACCCGUGCUUGAUAUACAACUUGGAGGAGAAGUAACCGGCUUCGAAGGCUCUGUAUCCAUCAAGACCGGCGCCACGGCUACUUUACCCGAAACUGCUGUGCUCCAAGCAGACCUGCUCGACCCAUCAAACAAUGAGUUCUCAUCUUGGACCCCAGCGAUCAAGACAGAUGAUUUCACAAUGCAAGCCAAGGUCUCCGCAUCUAUUAAGCUGUUUUUAGAGCCGGCUCUGAAGCUACAAGCUGAAGCUUUGGGCCAGGGUAUAGAAACCGGCAUCGGGCUCAAGAUGCCUUAUGUUGAAGCCAAGGCAGAGGCAAUAGUUUCUCAGGGUGGAGGAGCUUGUGAGAAGGGUGAUCAAUAUGAAGGCGCAUUGAAGCUCCAACCCGCGUGGGGCUUCGAGAUCAAGUUCCAAGCUGGUAAAAUUGGUGGCAAGCAGCCUGUGGAUGUUACCCUCGGCUCCGCUUCCAUGCCAAUCGGCAAACCACUCUGCUUUCCUUGGGACAUAGAAAAGGCUGGGAGCCCGAGCAGCCCAAGCGGCCCCAGCAGCCUCCCCGCGCCGUCAACCUCACCAAGCACCAUCGAUCCCAAGCCUACCCCUUCGGGCGGUAGCCCGGGCGGAAACUCCUGCACAGUCAAGACGACCGGAAAGACGGGCACAUGCACAACGACGGCUCAAUGUAAGAGCUCCGGCGGCAACUCUACCCCUGGGUAUUGUCCCAAUGAUCCUUCAGACGUUCAGGAACCACCCAAGCCAGGACCAUCAAAUUCAAGCAACACGUGUACGGUCGCCGCCACGGGCCUCACUGGCGAGUGCAUCUCCACGAGCUCCUGCUCAUCGUUUGGCGGCAAGUCCACGGCGGGUCUGUGCCCGGGAGCGGCAGAUAUCCAGGUACGUGUUGAUCGGACUACUUCGCGCAAGGUUGUAGAGUCGGAGCGAAGAGCGGACAGUGCAUCCCCACAGGGACUUGCAAGGGCACGUCGACACCCGGAUUCUGCAAAGGUGGAGAUAAUAUUCAAUGUUGUACUUGACGAUCGAAGGCACUUUACAAGCGAAGACACAGCACGUAGUCCAGGUCGUCUGAACUCACUCCUGGUCGGUUGA